AUGUGAGACACACAUCGCAGGGGCCAGACCAUAAUUAGCCGCGGAUAUACUGCCGGGAAUAACCGGAUUAUUAAAAUUUGAGGAGGGAUCGAGAGAAUUCGGUGUCAUACAAGGCUAAGGGAUUAAGUUACGCGUUUUCACUCCUCCGGUCGCCGUUAUGGGGAUAGACCGACGCCGGAGAGCAUCUAUGGCUCUCACCUUGAACUUCCUGGCUUUGUUCCUGGCGGUGUCGGCUCUCACCACCAGCUACUGGUGCGAAGGGACGCGCAAAGUGGUGAAGCCGUUCUGCACUGGCCCGUUCACCGCCACCAGGCAGUCGUUCUGCAUCAGGUUCAACAGCUCCAACCUCAACGACACCAGGCUGGUGCAGUACAUCUGGGAGACCGGGGAGGAUAAGUACGUGAUGAGGAAGUUUCACACCGGGAUCUGGUUCUCCUGCGAGCAGAACAUUAACAUGACCGGUGAAAACUGCAGAAGUUUCCUUAAUGUCGCACCUUCAAAUGAAAGAGGAGUGCUGUGGCUGUGCAUUGUUGCUGAGUGCCUAUACAUCCUCCUGUUGGCCACCGGAGGCCUCCUCAUGUCCAUAGAGGUGUGUCACUUGGGCAAUGUCAUCGACGGCCUCAAGCUCAACGCCUUCGCUGCCAUAUUCACUGUGCUCUCAGGUCUGUUGGGCAUGGUGGCCCACAUGAUGUUCACCACAGCCUUCCAGCUGACUGUCAGCCUGGGCCCAGAGGACUGGAAGCCUCAGACCUGGGACUACAGCUGGUCCUACAUUUUGGCAUGGAGCUCCUUCACAGCCUGCAUGGCGUCCUCCGUCACCACCAUCAACCGCUACACCAAAACCAUCCUGGAGUUCAAGCACAAGCGCAGGAACAUCGAGAAGAACCUGAAGAUCAAGCAGAAGCUGCUGGAGCUGGACUCCCCGGAGCAGGUGUGGGACAUGUACAUCAGCUCUGUGCCGAGCAACGCCGACGAGCUGCUGGAUCUGUCGCCCAACGUCCGCAAACUCUCCAACACCUCCCUCUUCCUGGACCUCAACGACCUGCCCGACUCGCAGCACGAGGAGUACUGCUGAGGAGAGCGAGUGGCAGCUGAUACAUCAGCAGGUCAUUGGCUGCUCAGUGUGGAACAAUAAUAUAAUUACCGUAAACAGCAUGAGACCGAUGUGCUUGGUUACCCACAAAGAUCCAAUCGUCAAACGGAUAAGAGACGCUGUAAAGUUAUCGAGGGCUUGUUAGCAAACGGUUUCAAAAUCUAGCACCUUUCAUUUGGAGUUCUGUUUCUGGCCAAAUGUAAAAAAAAACUCAAACAUCUAAUCUAAUUAAUAAUGAUUACAGUGUCUUAAGCUUCCUAUAUGUCUACCUAUGUUCACUAAGCAUUUUAGUACAUUUGUGUUACAAUUUGAACUUUACAUUUUGUUGGAAAUAAGACAUGGAAAAUAUUCUCCAAGCUCAAAUGUAGUAAAUAAAAUGGCCUCCAAUAUUAUAUGGUCAUUAGUGGACACCAAAAUAAUAGGGUAUAAAAAGACAUGGUUAACCAUCAACACGGUGUCCUCAACCUUUUUUAUGGACCACAGGUUUUAUGUUAAAAGAUACAAUUGGAUAUAAUUUUAGGUAGCUAGCUUAAAACAGUAAUAGGAAUGCAACAUGCACAGAUAGCAGUUUUAUUUUGUUGACAAUGUACUAAUAACUUACCGUAGUUUCAAAUCUAAAUCCUGACGGGAGUGAGGAGGAGGUAAUUGGCAUACCGGAUCAGCAAAAAUACCCAAGAAAGUAUUAUCAUAUAAUUGUUAUUAAGCCAAACCCUUGUUUUUACCAGCAAAUAUUUUGUGGCACGGUUCCACCCAUCUGCAGAGAGUUAAGGGUUGAAUGAUUAGGGUUUCUACUUUCUUUCCUAGCAUGUCUUUUUUGUAACAUUAACAUCAAAUCAGACCUUUUUGUUAUGAUCAAAUUAUCUGCCCACUGAUAUUUUGAAACCAAACCAGGCAAACAUUUUCUCAGUGUGGGUAAAGACCUGUUGGGAGCUUAACUUUCCAAAGAAUACAGACAUAAUGGAGAGGAUUUUCCCAGCAGCCUGUAACCUUCUCCAUCCCUCACAGUUACCAGAAGCUCUUCUGUUCCUGCAGUUGCAAAGCACUCCAACAGAUUCCCCACUAAAUCCAAUCUAAAUUGCAGGAUAAAGGUACAGCAGCGGUCUCGGUUGUUUACAGAAACUAUGCUAAUGUCUCAGAAUGGAGUUGGUGAUGACGUAUGGAUGUUACGUGUAGCACCUGUAAGGAGCAGUGUUGAACCGGACACCGUAUAAUCGGCUUUAUGAUUGCGUUAGUGUGUGUAAACUAACUGUAUACCUCUUCCCAAGCAAUAUGAAGGGUCACUGCUUAAACCCUGUGAGUUAGAAGGAGGGUGAAGCUCAGGAGAUAUAAACUGAGAUAACGCUCUAUGGUGAUGACUAGCCGCAACAACGGUCCUUCAGCUCUUCCAUUCUAAACAAGCACACUCUUAAGACUCUCAAGCCUCUCGGUUAGCUGUCCUUUGGAUUUUAUUCAUUGAGGAAGAAGUGUGUCCAUUCCUCUCUGUGGCUCACUCAGCUAAAGAUACACAUUGUUUAAUAAGGAGCUCCUCACAUUGAUUCUAAUAAGGAAUAAUGAUGCACUGCCUCCAACACGAAAUAUGAACCAAAUAGCAUUCAGUAGCUUAAAACACCUCAUCAGGUGUUCAUCCCUAGAUCACACUGGUACUUGUCUUGCCAUGGAAGGAAUGAACAGAAGGUGGACCUGAGGACUGUAGCUCCACCCACAUGAAUAUAUAGCUGAGUGUAAAGUGUUACAUGGGUGGGGGGUGCCUACAGGCCAUGCUGAGUGCCUUUACCUACAGCAGCGUGCUUCUGAUCCAACAGCAUGUCACCGUUUGAAAAGGCGAUGCUGUUCCUCCGACUAAUAACUGCUUGAGAGGAAACAUGUAGCUGUCUGUGCAAACUGCCAAAACUCAUCAGCGAGAGCCCACUCUUUUAAACCUCUUUACAUGAAGGGGAACUUUUCUUAUGUAUAUUUACACAAAUAGUAUUCAUGAACAACCAGACCUGGAAUUUUGCAAUUUACUGUAUUUUAAGUGCAUUUGAAAAUGUAUAUUAUGUUUAUUUAUAUGUUCAACUCAAAGUGAAAUGUAUUGUAGACAGCUUAAAGAUGUAUUCUGAUUCAGUUUAUAUUUGAUCCUUUGUUGCAAUAUAUGCUGUCGCAUGGAUUGUUGUCUUUUUGUGUAUGUCAGAUUUGUUUACGGUGACACUUUUUGUGUAGUGUUUCUUUAGUCCAUUUUUGUUUUUUUGCAACCUAAUAUUAAUAUGAAUACAUUUAUAUGAAAAUAUAUUAUUUAAAGGUGAAGGAGGAGAGAAUAUCAUAAUA